UAAAAAUAUGCAUUUAAAAAUAUAUUUUUAACCAAAUCUGUUUUUUAAAAAGAUUAUACAUGUUAAAAUAUUAAAUAAAAUAUUUAUGUGAUAAAGAUUCUAUGAAUAAUAGUGUAUUACAUUAUUUGUAAAUUGACCUCAAUGGAUUCCAUUGAAUUUGAUGCAAUUAUAAGACAUCCAAGAACUAUAAUUCAUAUAGAUGUUGAUUGUUUCUAUGCUCAAGUAGAGAUGCUAAGACAUCCAGAGCUAGAAAAUAAACCAUUAGGAGUACAACAAAAAAAUAUGGUAGUGACAAGCAAUUAUAUAGCACGUGAAUAUGGAAUUAAAAAAUGUAUGUCGGUACAAGAAGCUUUAAGGUUAUGCCCAGGGCUGGCCUUGGUAAAUGGUGAAGAUUUAACAAAUUAUCGUCACUUUUCUACCAAAAUAUUGGAGAUAUUACAUCAGUUUACUCCAUUAGUUGAAAGACUGGGUUUUGAUGAUAACUUUAUGGAUGUAACAUCUAUUGUACAAAAAUACAUGAAUUCUGGAAAUAAUUCAGAAUUAAAUAUAAAUAUUUCUAUGGAAGAUGAAAAUCCAGUUGGUGAAAUAUUUGGAGCUUCUGAAGAAGAAUGUCCUUGUGGUUGUCAUGCUCGAUUAAUUAUUGCUUCCAAAAUUGCAGCAGAAAUAAGAGAACGAAUUUAUAAAGAUUUGCAUGUUACAUGCAGUGCAGGAAUAGCACAUAAUAAACUUUUAGCAAAACUGGUAGGAUCAUUGCAUAAACCAAAUCAACAAACACUUAUAUUCCCAUGCAGUGCUCCUAUGUUAUUAUCUAAUAUAGGAUCUGUAUCUAAAAUACCAGGUGUAGGACAAAAGACUACACAAUUAUUAAUGUCUAAUAAUAUAAAGACAAUAGAUGAUUUACGCAAAACAUCUUUAGAAACUUUGGAAAUGAAAAUUGGCAUUGAUCUAGCAAGAAAAUUAAAAGAUAAUGCUGAAGGUAUCGAUGAAACUGUAGUAAAACCAACAGGGAAAAAGCAGUCUAUAGGUUUAGAAGAUGGAUUCAAAAGUGUUUCAUUAGUAGCAGAAGUAGAAUCGCGAUUAGGGGCACUUUUAAGAAGAUUAACAGAAUUAGCCAUGGAAGAUGGAAGAAUCCCAGUUGCUAUGAGAUUAACAGUUAGAAAGCAUGAUUUUAAUAAAUCAAGUUCGGGUAAAAGAGAAACUCGGCAAUGUGCUUUACCAAAACACUUACUGCCUUCUUCAAAAUCUGGUGUUUAUGAUCAUGCUAAAAUGUUAACACUAGCAAUGAAAUUAUUUCAUCGUACUGUUGAUGUUUCUAAACCAUUCCAUUUAACUCUUCUAGGAGUUGCUUUCACGAAAUUCGAAGAAAGAUCUUCCGGAAAAAAUAGUAUUACGUCUUUUUUACGAAAACAAGUUGCAGUUCAGUCUGUUUUAGAUAUAAGCUCAGAAGAAGGUAUUUCCGAUAUUAAUCUCGGGUCGCCAAUGAGUGUGAAUCAAGAUAGUAAUGAUGGUUCUGCAAUGAGUACCACUUCAUCUCCAAUUUCGAAAUCAAUAGGUACUAACAAUCAGAAUACGGACGAUGAUUUAUUGAAUGAAAUAGAACCUUUACCAAAAAAAACAAGAUUGGAAGUAUGGUUAAGUGGACGCAGAGAAUCUCCAAGUAACGAAAUGGCUGAUCUUCGCCUCAGUCCUUCAUCACCAAUGCAACUGUCUCCAAAAAUUGACGCAGCUGUUCUUAAAUCUUUACCUAUUGAUAUACAAAGAGAAGUGACCCGUUCUUGGCCAACAACUAGUAAACCAAAACCCAAUAAUAUACUUAAAUAUUUUAUAGCCAAUAAGUGACGGAGUUUUAUAGCCUAGAAUAUAAUAUAGCCAUCAUUCUGUAUACAUUUACACACCUACAAUAUUGGAUGGCAGCACCAUGUGAUAUUAUGAAUUUAAGUUACUAAAUAUUUUAAAUCAAUUUGCGAUUUUGGGUAUUAAUCUUCUGUAUACAUAUUUUCUACAACAUUUACAUUAAAUGAAUGUUAAUACAAAGUAA